AUGGAGACAUUUCUGAGCGAAGCUGGCACAGAAGAACACAUCAAGAGCCCACAAUGCAAUGAAGAACAAGAGCGCACUUCUAUUUUUGUGCGUUUUCCUCACCUUCGCGAAUUUUUCUGUGGUGGCUCGGCUGCCGCCGUCAACAUAGUUGUAACCUUUCCACCUAACAAGGUCAUGUUUCGGCAGCAGUUAUUAGGGCUAGACACAUGGCAGGCUGUUGAAAAUGUGCGUAGCGAAGGUUGGCUCAUGUUAUACCGAGGCGUGGUGCCCCCUUUGCUGCAGGCCAUGGUGUCGAAAAGCAUUAUGUUUGGGUUGUAUAAUUUCUACGAUAAGUUAUUAUCAGAAAAGUAUGGAGAACGCAAGGGUUUGAAUCUUGUGGCUGCAGGAUUAGCGGGUACUUCUGAGGCAGUGUUGGCUCCGUUUGAGAGAGCACAAACGCUGUUACAAACGCCUAAAUACAACCGAGAGAUUACGGGUGCUUAUGAUGCAAUGAUACACAUUAAUAAGUACGGACUUAAAGAGCAUUAUCGAGGACUUACAGCCAUUUUGUGUCGCAAUGGACCUGGAAAUAUUUUAUUUUUUGGCAUGAGAGAACCAGUGCGAAGGAUGCUUCCUAGAGGCGAGACAGCAACAGCAAUUAUGACGAAUGAUUUCAUAUGUGGAGCGAUGCUUGGAGCGCUAAUAAGUACCUUUACUUUUCCGAUAAACGUGGCCCGGACACGAAUGCAAAGUGUUUAUGGACAAUCUUUUAUAGGACCGUGGGAAGCACUUCAGCUGACGUACAAAGAACGCGGGAACAGCAUGAGACGAUUAUAUCGCGGCGUUCAAAUGAACUUUUUUCGAUCCCUAAUGUCAUGGGGCAUUAUUAAUUCAACAUACGAGAAGCUGAAGUCGAUAACAUGA